UUCCUAUACCUAGUCAAAAGAAUUUCUGGAGGGCGUAAAUAAGACAUUAUUUUCUGUGCUGUGAUUUUAAAAAUCGUUCACCAAGUAGCAGCAUUUCUUCGUUUAAACUUACUCCAUACUAUUUAACACUAUUUCCCUAUUCAUAUCGUACUCUAGGAUCGAACGGUAGUUAAUUUUCUAUGAAGCGUCGGAUUCACAUCGAAAGUGUACCCUGUGUUAAAAUUAUUGACUUCCAUAUCCCGUAGGUUGAACUUUUUGCCUUUAGGCUUUUGAAUAAACUAAACAUCGAUCACAAUCAAUUAUUAAAUAUAAUUUACACAAAUACGUACUCAAAUUUUCGAAAUAUCACGCGAUAUUAUUUUCGUGGUUAUACAGACUUUAAUAUCGAGAAUAUUCUUAUAAAAUGUUUGUGUAUGAAAAACUGGUCAACUUGGUACUAUAAAAAAGGUAGCAAAGCUGGCUACUGUUACGCGCAGGGAGCGACCAAUCGGCUACUUCAAGCUGAGCCGAUGUUGAAUACUCUGCGUAAACUGUUGACACGUUAUGCGUAUUUUGGAGAGAAGUUUGUCUUUGUUCGGAAGAUAACUUGACAAAUACUUGGAAGCCAUCUGCAGGGUGUUGAGUAAAAAAGAAUUCCAAAAAAAAGGAUCUGAAAGGAAAAACAAGAAUAAAUCAACGGAACAACAGUUGCUAAUGGUACUUAGGCGAAACCGAGGUCAUCCUCCGAGUACCAAAAUGGAGGAACCAGCAAAAAAGAAACAACGGGUGGAGAGUAACGAUGAGGACGAUGAAAAUGGUGGGACAACAGAAAUGGAACGAUUUCAAAGCAGCCUCUUGGCUCAAUGUUUAUGUGACGUGCCUGAAAGUAGCCUCCGUAAACCGUUUACAGGUACUACGGUUCAAGCUGGAGAUGGAAGCUAUCGUACUACCACUCUGUCUGAGUGGGAGCCUGACAGAACCUUGCAAUUCAUUAGCGCUUUACAGCUUCUGUUUGAUCUAGCUAUAAAACAGAACACUAGGGGAAUAAUGUGCAGUAGAGUGGCGGAUGUGUGCGAGGCUCUUUCCCGAAAUGAGCACGGCAUAAUAGACCAAAUAAUAGAUUUAUCUUGUUCACCAAAUAAGUUCAUAUCGUUUACAGCCAGUAGAGCUUUGGCCUCUUUCUUCAUAGUGACCAAAGAGAACAUUGAAGUGUCGUGGCUUGAGAGGUUGACACAGUCUCUGGUCAAUACUCACUCUCCUAGCCAGAUGCUCUUCACCUUAGACGUUGUGAAAAGAGUCGUCGAGCACAAAGACUGCAGCAUUCACCCUCUUGAGGAUGCAGAAAGCUCAGCAUCACCAAGGAAUUGUAAUACUCUGACAAUAUCGGAUCCGGAAAGCUUGGACAGUACUCCGGUUAAAGCCAUGUGUGUAAAGGCACUGGAAUCAAAAUGGAAUAUCCUGGUAUCCAAGUUCGAUAGUAUUUUGAGUUCGUAUACACCUCAACACGAGUCAGCAGUGAUAAUGUUUCUAGACCUCUGGGAGUCGAUUAUAUCUGUGAAAGCUAACUUGUCUGUAAUCGAUACUAAACUAUUUUACUCCCAACUUGACAAUUUGGUUAUACUACUAAAUGCCAACGUACCGGGCAUUAUCUGGAGGCACCUUUUAGGCUUAUUGAAUGAAGUACUCUGUUAUGGAAGCACCCUGGCUCUCCAGGAUGUCCUUCCUGACGAGCCGUGCUCAUUGGCUCAUCUUGUUGUUCGAGCUGUUAAAGAUUGGAGACUUUUAGAUGCCCUCCCGUACCGGCAUGGAUCUGGAAGAUUUGGGGGUGGUUCUGGAGAUGGGGAUCGUCCUUUGCUGCAGAAAGUGAUUCUACUGGUUCUGAAAAGUGUAGCUGUCACUGUGAAAGAAACACGUAGUGAUUCAAGUGACUCUUCUCUUGGUUCUGAGGCUGAAGAUCUAGAUGCUGAUAUGGCUGUUAUCGAAAGAAGUAUCAGGGAGGUACUACGCCAACUAGAUCAGUGUGUUAAAUCGCUGAUGCCUUUUCAUCCUGAAACUCCGCUCUCUCAAUGGGUUGUGCAAAUGUUUCAUGACCAAGAUGACUUUCUUAUCGAAGGAAUGGUUUGCUGUUUGGAUGUUGCUGUUGGGCUGUUUUAUCGAGGCCCACCGCAGAAUGAUUUGGGACAUAUGUUAAGUCCUACAUUAACAUUUGUUCAAUUCAUACGUGCAGUUUCCCACGAUCCUGAUGUCCUUUUAGAUCUACUAGUUAGCAACGAGACUUGCUUCCUUUUGUAUCUUCUUAGGUUUUUGAAAUACAUUAGGCGGAACUGGUCGGAAUUUGUCACGUGUUGCGGUAGAGAACUGGACGAUACUAUGACCGUUUUAAUUCGGCUCAGGCUAGCUAUAGACAGGCUAGUGUCCAAGGCUCUGUUUCCAUAUAAUAUCAAUCCAGUUCUUCGUUUGCUGGAAAAGUGUGAAUCUUUUUAUGAAGGAAAUAUUGAAAAUUAAUUACAUUGACGCGUAAAUGUAUGUCUAAGAAUUUCCCAACAAUUCUUUGGAUAGGGCACUUUCUGGAAAUACCGUAUUGUGUAUAUAAUGAACGUCGUCCGAUUUGACUGCCUUAACUAAUAAGAUUGUACAUUUUUUUUUUUAUGAAGCAUAUGUGAAUGAGCCCAAAUUCGAAUGGCUACAGUAUUGUAAUUUUUUUCUUGCUUUAGAUGUACUCUUGCAAUUAAUAGGUACGUCAAGUCUUUUUUAUAAAUAUGACUGUCCAAAUUACUCCGUACCGUCAAGCCAUGAUCCGUAUACUCAUGAGAGAUGUUAGCAUAAUAUUUAGCAUUAGUGACUAGGAUUUAUAUGAAUAUAUGUAUCAUACGAAGCAUGUAUUGAGCUUGUCUACCUUAAUUUAACUGGAGAAUCUGUGUCGGCUAUUUAGUUUACAUUAUUGCUGAUAUAUUAUUAUUAAUUCUUAUUAAUAAUAUAACAAACGCUAUUUAUACUGUAGAAUUAGGUAGACUAUAAUUUGUAGGAAAAAUUCAAGGUGCUACAAAUUCAAUUGAAUUUAAAACGUUCGACUAUGGUGAACACCGAAGAACUGUUACUGAAAAUUUUGUACAAUGUCCUCUGUACUGAUAGAAAAGAAUUGUUAAAAGUUGGAAGUCAGCUACAUAAAGAUCUAUUGUUAAAUUGAUAAUUAAAUAAUUGAAAUAGUAUGAUGGGAAAAAAUAGUCAAUUGCAUUACAGAUACUUUUCUCCACACUAUUUUUGUAAAAACGAGAACGUGAAUCGCACCUUAUGAUAUGCAAAGGUACUUCGAUUUAGUUAUUUUAUAAUAGCUUGUAAAUAUUUAUUGUAACUUUUAAUUGUACAUUAGAGUUAAGAUUAUCUGUGUAGACGUGCAUUAUUAUGAUGCAAUAAUUUUAAAUAUUUUUACAUUUUUUGUACUCGUCUCGUUUUAUUCGAUCCGCCUCUUUUUUUAUUUUUUUGCCAUUUCACUUUUCAAAGAAUUUUCAACCGCAGUCGAGUCACACUUUUUUUCAAUGCAUAAAUAAUGAAUUUUUCUUACUGUUACAUGAGAUUAUGCUGCUGCGUGGAUCUUACGUCAUAUUGGUCAUCGACUACUAUUAAUACAUCUAAAAAAUGUACCUCCUAAUCGUGAUUUUAGAUUGACAAUGAAUCACUUUCUCUCAGUACCAUUAUAUUUAUUUCGCAACUGACGCAUAGCGGAUAUAUACUAAAUAGUAGUGGCUAAAAACUACCUAGUGCAGAAAGUUUCAACCUUUCUUAUACAGACCUAAAAUUCACUGAACGCAGUCGAUCAUUUUUCGAACAAUGAAUGUUUAUUUAUAUCUAAAUACCUAUAGUUAUAGAAAAAAAAAUUCUUAUUGCUCAAUUCGUUAAAUGCAACAUUUGUUGGAUGUAGAUAAUCAACGGACUCACAAAAUGUGUGAACCUGUAGACGUUUGGAGAGGUAUCGUGUUUAUCCUGCCUCGCCUGGAAGAAUAUAUGAAUGCACCAUUCAUUAUCAACGAGGAAAUUAUUUUACAUCUAAUAUCUGGGAUUGAUCCUCCACAUCCAACAAGUACUGACAGCUGCAUUCUACUUUGUACGACGAUAACUGCUACAAAGAAAGAUAAAGCCCAAUAAAUUAUUUACAUUCUAUAUAAAUAUACAGGCUGGAAUUGAGUCUUGUACUUGUGCAAUUUGGCUGAUAAACUAAUCAACAGCACAAGAAAGAGGUGGCGAUUUAGCAAUUACGUGAAAAUUAAAAUUUUUUCAAAACUAUGGCCAUUGAUGUAUGAAUCAAUCUUGAGCUUCUUGAAUCUACUCAAUCACGAAAUAGAUUAGUUUAUUUAACGGGCUACUACUGGGCUAUGCGUGCCAUAAGCUAUGGCUAGAGAAGGUACAUGAAGGUGUUAGAAACUCACGUUAAAAUAAACAAAGAUCGUAGAGAUAUUUACAAUGAAAUACUUAUGGACACACUUUGAUACUUGGAUAAUUCAAAUUACAACUCCAUUACGAUUUCCAUAAAUCUCAAUAGUAUAAAAAAAAAUAGCAUAGAACGUAACUGAUCGGUACAUACCUUUAUCACUCACAUGUAGUUUCUUUGUUAUUUCCUUGAAAUAAUGGUUUUGGU